AUGCCGCGCCGCGAAUUCAUAGUCGAACCAAGCACAGCCAUGCCCAAGGGCUACGCCUUCCUCAAGAAAGGCAUCAAGUACAAAACGCUGCACUGCCGCCGCCUAACCCACGAAGCAGGAAAACCCGUAUACGUAGUCGAAGACAAGAAGAAGAAAGUGCUUGGCAUCCGCGUCCCGAAAUCCAUCUUGUUCCACGUCCAGUCGCUCGCCAACGAAACGCUCCCGGCCCGCCGCCUCGCCACCGAGCAGCGAGACGCAGCCCUAAUCCGGGCCGCUGCUACCGAACUUGACAGGCGGUUUCCGCUUAUACCAAAGGAUGAUAGGGAAGCGGUGCUGAAGCAUGGGUUUAGGAAGUAUUCAGGAAGGGUCGGCAGGACCGGCCAGAUUCCGAUACCCCGAAAGGUGCUGUAUGCCGUUAUUGCGCACAUCAGGCAUAAGCAUACGAGGUACGAUGAGAUGUUGAACGAGGGAAUGGAUAGGGAUGCCGCCAGGAAGGCUAUCCAGGGGAAGGUGCAGGCCAUGUUGCGGAAAUGGGGCGCCACCGAAGGUGAGGAUUAG